AUGUUUUUAAUUUCCAAUCUUUCGUUUACUAAUUCGUCAAACAUUGGAACCGAUUCUGUGAUUGAAUUAAAUGCCGACAAUUUUAAUCAAUACGUAUACAAUCAAAAGGCCAUAACUUUAGUCGACUAUUACUUGAAUUGGUGUUCGCAUUGCAUUACAUUCGCGAAGGUAUGGAAACAAUUUGCUAAAGACAUUGGAGGCUGGGAUUCAGUGGUGAGAGUGGCGGCCAUCGAUUGCGCCGCCGAUGCGCUUAACCAACAGUUGUGUCGAUCACAUCGCGUCACUCGUUUCCCUCGACUCAAACUGUUUAGGACUUAUUCGCAGCAAAAUCGAGAUUUUGGCCUCGAUUUUGAAACCAGAGACCGACCGACACAACUGCGGACACAACUCAUUGAUUGGCUGUUGAAAUCAAACGAUAGUUCUUCACUCAAUCUCAACAUAAAUCCCAAUUCUAUCGCUUCCAAGAAUGAACUCUUCAACGCAUUUCCCGUUCACUCAGAAAAACAUAAUUUAAUAUUUUUGGAGAAACAUCCGAAACGUCUUGGAGUUGAAAGUUUACGACAAAACCGGGAGUUUAACUCAACAGCUCUUUCCACAUUCAGUACGUCUUCCGGCACUCAUUUAUUUGCAUACAAACCAAUCGAUUGA